AUGGUCCUGCUUUUACAAACGACGAAGUUUUCUGUGUUGGUUUACCGUGGUCUGCUGCUCUUUUUUCUUGGCAUAUGUUUUUGUUGGGCUUCUGAGGCACUACAUAACAUAAGGGGAGAAUUCACGGCUUCAAAAAUAUCAUUUUACACAGAAACUGCUGCGAAAUUUUGGAUAUCAUUUUGUUGUGGCGUUGCCUCAGUCACAGUAGGGCUUUUAUCUCCAUGCGUUGACUCUAAACUUGGUGCUUAUGAUGCUUACAAUAAGGAGUGGUCUUCAGUUCUGCGGUGUUCUGCUCUGUUCUUCGGUUUCAGCCAUGCAACCGCUAGAAUAGACUUUGCCACAUACUCGCAGCUAUCCCUUACAGCAAUUGGACUAUCUAUUGCACUUUGGUGGGUAUUUGACAGAUCUCUUGUCGGAUUUGUCUUUGGGAUGGCAGUCGCAUUACUAGCAACAUUUAUUUUUCAAUCAUUUGUUUGGAAACAGCUCUACAGAUUUUCUCACCCCAUGAUGGCUGCUUGGUUGCCUUGUCUCUUCUUCUCGGGUGGUGUCGUCAUUGUCUUGGUUGGCCGACAAUUAGCGAAACCUGAUGUUAUGGCGCUAAUGCAAAGAAAAGUCAAAUAA